AUGACGAUUCGUGGAUUCGUGGUCGCCGUUCACACCUACAGACAACUUGUUGACGCAUCAACUUCCCCCAUUGUGUUGCCUGCCAUGCUUCUUCUAGACUACCAGAACGCUUUGAUCCAAUCCCUCCUCACGGAGCGGUUCUCUGGUGCCCCCCCGACCUCGAUUGAUCAAGUGGUCUCAGACUUUGACGGAGUAACUUUCCACCUUUCAACACCCGAAUCGAAAACCAAGAUUCUCAUUUCGCUUCAAGUGAAAUGUUUCAAGGAGCUAGUCCAAUACGGCGCCCAGGAGGUGCUGGAACGGGAGUACGGCUCAUACAUCGUCUCGCCUGAGCCAGGUUAUGAUUUCUCCGUACAAAUCGAUCUUGAGAACUUGCCUACUGAACAGGAAGCUCGCGAUGAAUUGAUCAUGAAGCUUGCUCUGUUGAAGCGCAAUGCCAUGGCUGCCCCCUUCGAGAGAGCAUUUGACGAAUUCAACAAGCUUGCCGAGGAGGCAUCUCAAUACACAUCCGAGUCUGCGCCACAGGGUAUUAAGGAAGGUGGUGAAGUCAUGUCCAUCCACUACCGUGACGAGGAGGCGAUCUAUAUCAAGGCUAGCUUCGACCGCGUGACCGUGAUAUUCAGCACAGUGUUCCGCGAGGAGACGGAUCGGAUCUUCGGCAAGGUCUUCCUGCAGGAAUUUGUUGAUGCCAGACGGCGUGUCGUGACCCUCCAGAACGCUCCACAAGUACUCUUCCGCAAUGACCCCCCGCUUGAACUGCAGGGUGUUCCAGGUCUGCCGGACGGAUCUAGCGAGAUUAGCUACAUUACCUUCGUUCUGUUCCCCCGACACCUUACCCCUCAGCGCCGAUAUGACAGCAUUUCUCAUAUCCAGACUUUCCGUGACUAUUUCCACUAUCACAUUAAGGCCUCCAAGGCAUACAUCCACACUCGAAUGAGAAAACGCACUGCAGACUUCCUCCAAGUUCUCAACCGAGCCCGACCGGAGAACGAAGAGCGUGAGCGUAAGACAGCAAGUGGACGGACAUUCCGUGUGCAAGGUUAG